GUACUACUUCUUCAUAAAGAAACUUUAAUUUUCUAAAUCUACCUAACAAAAUAUUACUAUUUUUUUCAAGUGGAGUGUUCUUUAUCCAUACCUUGCUUUGAAUCUGAUUUUAUUGAGUUUCUUGACUGUCUAGCCCGAAAUGCAAUGUAUUUAUUAAUAGCGGCUGGGUACGUUGGUCGCAACAACCCUUCCGCGGAAUUUGGUAAUUAGCGUAAUAAUCGAAAUCCAAUUUUGUGUAUCAUCAGUACAAUCAGAGUCGUUGGGAUUUGAAAGGUGCAACUGAAGCCAGUUGACUAUCAUCAUUGGAACUGUUUGCUUCCCUUGACUUUCGGAAUUCAAUGCCCAACAAUUGGCAUCGCAAGUUACUGGAUAGACUACUGCUGCUGGGCUGCUAUUAUGCCAUCUUUAUUGGCACAUUGAGCAGUGUCGUGGAUUACGAGAGGCAGCGCAUUUACUCGAAACAAUGGUUCACCUUGUGCGCUUACAUCAGCAACAUUGUGAUCCUGGCUAGCCUGCCAAUGCUCGCCAUGUUUUUGACGUCCUGGGAUUCGAGUUUUCAGGAUAAUAUGAUUAUACUUCACACGGAUCGUUGGAUGGUCAUGACACGAAUACUACUAAUGGUGUUCAUCAUUGUUUUUCGGCGGAAACGCGAACGUGUCUUUUUGCAACUAACACGCUGGAUUUUUAAGUUGGACAAGCGCUUUGUACGCUCCUGGUUGCCUACGACAGCAGCGACUAAUCGCCAACUAGACUGCAUCCACUUAAUCAAGCUGGGGACCAUGAUAAUGCAGUCCGUAUUCGUAUUCGUUGCAAGUCUGUACUUUGCCCAGGAACUAAACUAUCAGAAGGUCGCUCAAAUGGUAUAUGUGACCACCGCACUAAGUGUCAUCCACAGCACAUUCUUUCAGUACUUUACGGUAUUGAUGAAGCUGCUCUUCCGCUUCAAAAAUCUCAAUCUGCAACUGGAAUCACAUUACUACAGUUUGCGUCGAAGGGAGACCCUUUGCCUUUUACGAUUGCGCGACGGCAUCAAUCCAGUGCUACAGCUGAGCUUAUUUACGAUAUCAGAUCUGCAGUCGUUGGCUCAAGAGCAUUAUCAUAUCACGGCCUUAACUCGCUAUUUGUCCGUGUACCUCAAGUUCAUGACAUUGGGUGUUGUCCUUUGGAAUCUCUUUCAGAACAUUCUGUAUGGUAUAUAUAUCUUCUUUGCGUUGGACGGCAAAGAGCAUCAAGAAUCACGCAAUUGGUUGGCUGUCGUAGGACUAACAGUGCUCUACGCCAUGCUUUAUGUGGAUCUCUACUUAUUCUACUGGAGCUGUGAGGCAAUCACCUCAGCGUAUCGUCGCACCACACAGCUGCUGCAAUUGUUCAAUACGUUGAAGCUAUCGAAGGCUUUGUCACAGCAGCUGGAAACAUUUGCCCUGCAAUUGACCACAAAACCUCUUUUCAUUGGUGCCAGCGGUUUAUACACGCUAAAUCACGCCAGCUUCCUGGCUCUGUUUGUCUAUAUACAGCGCACUAUACUCAUACUCUUGCAAUUCGAGUUUGAGCGUCGUCUAAAGCUGCUGCGUCAAGAUUUGGCCGUUGAGUGGACUGCAGACAUUGAGGAUUUCAUUGUGGAAUAUGAGCUUUAGAUUGUAACCAACAACGCGAUAAUCAAAGAACUUAAAAGUGUACAAUUUAAAAAUGUAAGACACAUUUGAUAUACAGUAAAUAUCAAUUAUAUGUUUCGGAUAUAAUUAGCAACUAAAU